GGCGCCCCAGGACCCGGAGGUGGCCGCGCCCUGGGCCGCCGCACGCUGAUCACCUCCCAGCCCAGGCUCGCUUGGGGGGCGCCCCAUCCACUGCCCUCCGCAGCCUCUGGGGCAAGGGCCAGGCCCCGGAGCAGCAGGGCAGACAUGGCAGACCCCGAGGGCGUGGCCGAGGAUCUGGACGCCCUCAUCGACGACCUGGACUACCUCCCGGGCCACUUCCACCUGGAGAUGCAGCUGAACUUCGAGCCGAGUUCGCCCGCCUCGCUCCGCGCCCGAGACCUGAAGCUGCAACGGGAUGGCCUGCGGCAGGAGCUCGAGCUGGUGGCCGCCCCGCAGCGCUCGGCAGUGCGCCACCUCCUGGGCACCUUUGCCUUCUACCUGGAGGAGCUGGACGAGGCCCGCGAGCGCUUCCUCGAGGUGGCCCGUGAGGACCCUGGCAACCUCAACGCCUGGGCCAAUCUGGCGCAUGUGUACGGGCGCCUGGGUCGGGAGGAAGAGGAAGAGGCUUGCGCUGGGAGACUGGCCGGCCUCAUGGGCCUGGAGGCUGACUCUGAGACUAAUGGGGACCCCCAGGUCCGCGCCGCACGCUGCCUGUCAGAGCAAGGCUAUGCACAUGGUUUCGACGUGGGCUGUGCCAGCCCAGAGGAGCGCGCGAGGGUGCUGGCAGCUGGCAUCACACUCUACGACAAGGCGCUGAGCUAUGGGCAGCAGAUCCCCAUGGAGGAGAAAAGGGGCUGGUACUUCACCAUGGCAACGCUUUUUAUCAGGCUAGAUGGCAUCUUCCUGGAGCUGGGUAGCGAGGAGCAGAAGAGGCUGCCCGCCUUCAACCGCACCCUGGCUCUGCUCCGGCAAGUCCUCAAGUCCUCGGACCCCCACCACCGAGCUCUGGCCUGGUGCUACCUUGGGAUGCUGCUGGAGAGGAAGGACACCUUCUCCUCCACCCCCAUGGGUGUCCACGACUGUGGGUACUCAGGAACUGACCCCCUGGACUGCUUCGGCAAGGCCAUUGAGAUUGCCAAGGACGAACCCCCGAUCCUGAAUCGCCUGGCCAAAAUCUUCCACUUCCUAGGGAAGCAGGAUAUGGCCAUUGGCACCUGCAACAUGGCCCUGGAUGUCCUACGGGAUCCGGAGCUCAACUGGCAGGCAUACUGCACAAGGGCCAAGAUCCACAUCAAAGCCUACCUUCAUGACCUGGAGCGGGUCAAGAUGGGGCUCGGAGGCAUGCCUGACAGGAACCACCUGGCCUGCGCCAAGGCCGACCUCGAGGAAGUGGUCAAGGUGUGUCCAGGCCUCAAGACCUACCUGGACAUCAGCCAGGUCUACUACUACAUGGGCGUGGACGCGGUGCAGGAGCUGCUGGCGGUGGACGAGGCGGCGCUGAAUCAGGCGCUGGUCUUCCUGGCCAAGGCCGGCGAGUCGGAGCUGGGCGCCUCGCUGCCCGAGCUGCAGCUGCUGCGAGGCAAGUGCCUGCGCAUCAAGGGCGAGGAGGCCAACGCGGCGGCCUGCUUCAAGCGCGUGGUGGAGCUGGACGACCCGGGCUCCAGCUACACCGAGGGCUUCGGCUGCCUGCUGGAGACGCUGCUGGCGCAGUGGAGCCUGGCGCAGCUGAGCGACAGCGAGCUGGGCCGCGAGGUGGACGUGUGGCUGCGCUGCGCCCAGGACAAGUACCCGGCGGCGCGCCUGCGUCAGGAGCUGCAGCGGGUGUGGCGCGGCCACACGGGCGAGGUGCUGGGGCUGGCCCGGGCCUUGGUGGCCCAGGGACGGCCGGCGCUGGUACGGCUGCUCUUCGAGACCAUGGAACAGGACAGCGAGGGCACGCGAGCACCACGGGGCCGCCGAGCGUUCUCCUUCUGA